GCGUCUCCCGAGGAUGCGCGCCACUCGCGGCCGGCUGACUUCGGGGAGGGCUUGCUCCCUUUGCCGCGCAACUCGUGUUCUCCUCGCGGGGAGGCUCGCGCUUCCGCCUCCGCACAGAAAGGAAACGAAUCGGACUUCAACGUGCGCCUUCUCCUCCCGCCGCUGCGCUCCUCCAGGCGCCGCCAGGGAAUGAUCUCCGCGGAACAAGGUGGGCGCGCAGCGGGUUGCGCUAGGCGGGCGAGGGAGGUGCGAUCCUCAGCUCUUUUGCAUCUGCUUGCUUGCUGCACCCGAGCUUCACGUGUUUGGGGGGGGGGGGAGGGAUCUGAUUCAGGCAUUCAGUUCUAAAAGGCUCUUCCACACGUUCAUGAUUAUCAGUGGAAAGGUUAUACAGGUCUCUGCCUGGAAAAUUGACACAGUGGUCUCUUCAGGAUGUUGGCUGGGGCGAAACAAAGGAACUUCUGAGAAAUGCAGACAGAAGGCUCUGAAGCUGGAUCCUGAUCAUGCGUAUGAAGAAAGUCUCUUAGAUGCAUGGGAGAUUGCAAACACACUCUGAAAUGCUGAGAAGGAAACUUCGUCACUGUCAUAACCUACGCUUCAAGUUUCUGCUGGUGUUGAUUUUUACAGCAGGCACCUUGUCCCUUAUCAAAAUCCAUCAGAAGCCAAGCUACAUACAUCAUGGGCGCCUGGAGCUAACUGAUGAAUACCCAAACAGUAACAUCAACUGCUCCAAGAUAUUGCAGGGAGAUCCAGAGGAAAUUCAGAAAGUGAAGUUGGAGCUCUUAACUGUUUCUUUUAAAAAGAGCCUGAAACUAACUCCAAAUGAUUACAUCAACAUGACAACAGACUGCAACUCCUUUAUUAAGAGGCGAAAGUAUAUUAUGCAGCCUCUGAGCAAAGAAGAAGCUGAGUUUCCCAUAGCAUAUUCAAUAGUAAUUUAUCACAAAAUUAAUAUGUUUGAUAGACUUCUGAGAUCGAUUUACGCACCACAAAACUAUUACUGCGUUCAUGUUGAUAAGAAGUCCCCCGAGUCUUUCUUGGCUGCAGUGAAGGGGAUUGCUUCAUGUUUUGACAAUGUCUUUGUUGCCAGUCAGUUGGAGAGUGUAGUAUAUGCUUCGUGGAGUAGAGUGCAAGCAGACCUCAACUGCAUGAAGGAUCUCUACAGGAGGAGCGCAAGCUGGAAAUACCUGAUCAAUCUUUGUGGUAUGGAUUUUCCUAUCAAGACUAACCAAGAAAUAGUAGAGAAACUAAAAGCUCUUAAGGGUGAAAAUAGUUUGGAAACCGAGAAAAUGCCUUCAAACAAGGAGACACGAUGGAAGAAGCAUUAUGAAGUUGUUGAUGGCAAAGUGAAGAAUAUGGGAAUAGACAAACAACGUCCACCUCUUAAUACUCCCAUUUUCUCUGGCAGUGCUUACUUUGUUGUUAGCCGGAGGUUUGUUGAAUAUGUCCUAGAGAACAACAAAAUCCUUACUUUUAUAGAAUGGGCCAAAGAUACUUACAGUCCUGAUGAAUACUUGUGGGCUACUAUUCAGCGAAUUCCCGAGGUUCCAGGUGCCGUCUCUGCCAGCGACAAAUAUGAUGUCUCUGACAUGAAUGCUCUUGCCAGGUUUGUUAAGUGGCAUUACUUUGAGGGGGAUGUGUCCCGGGGGGCUCCGUACCCACCUUGUAAUGGAAUUCACAUCCGCUCUGUGUGUGUCUUUGGAGUGGGAGACUUGAACUGGAUGCUACGAAAACACCACUUCUUUGCCAACAAGUUUGACACUGACUUUGACCCCUUUGCAGUUCACUGCUUGGAGGAGUAUUUAAGAGACAAAGCACUGUAUCAGCACAGCCAUUAAAGUGCAACCACCUGCAUGGUACAAACCCUUUCCCUCUGAUAAGGAUGUCAAAAAUAUUAGAGAUUAAGUGUGCGGUGCACCUCUUGCCUCUCUUCCACCUGCCUUGCUGGUCUUUUUUAACAAGCCUUGUAGGAUGUUUACUAGCUGAUUAUGUUGUUCUACAUACUUUGUCUUGGUUUUCUGCUCUUCCCAAAGGAUUCCAAUCAUAUGCAUUCUGUUGUAAUAGACAACAACAGAACAUUUGGUAUGGUUAUUGGAAACAAAGAGCUCAGGUUUUCAACAUUAGCACUUCAUAACAGUUAAACUGGACUAAAGCUUCCCCUGCCUUUAAGAAUCUUAUUAGAGAUCUAAACAGUGUUCUCAAUUUUUUGGUGCAGCUACAAAGGGCAUCCCCCCCCAUUAAUUAUGAAGCAAUGGCAAUUAGGAGGGAGGGAGGGGCCAGGAGUGAGCAGGCAUCAUAGGAUAGAACAUGGGUUGUCUAGCAGGACUAUACUUACAAAAAAAGAAAAGAAAAUUGAGAAAUUCCAAAGCCACAACUUCUGCAGAGUUCACAUUUACAGUUUGCGCAAGUAUCUCUAGAGCCAAAUAAUUAAAUCCUGCUUUUGUUGAAAAUCCAUGAAGCUUUUUAAAACUCUGCCAGCAGCUUUGUAUUAGCAUACUUCAUAGAAACCACAAAAUGCAUUUUUAUGCAUAAAUUUUAAUAGUGGGCUGUAUUCUUAACACAUUUUGUAGUUGUUCAAAAGAGAUGCAGCAAAAGCCUACUGGCUAAAAUAUUCUCAGGGAAAUAUUAAUGUGCCUUGUUGUGUUAGUAUAAAUGCUUCAUUGUAUACAAUAUCUUCUAUUUGUUGCUUUAUACACUCUUGGAAUAUUUCAUGCAAGUGAUAUGGUAAAUUAAUAAUAUUAGUCCUGACUUUCUGAGCACCUUAAAUAUAAAUUAAAACAGUUUUCUUCAA